AUAACAGGUGAAACUGUGGGAGAGGUAAAAGCAGUUGCAGAUAUGCACCAGAGGAAAGCAGAAAUGGCCAAACAUUCUGAUGCUUUUAUAGCCUUACCUGGUGGCUAUGGAACACUAGAAGAACUUCUUGAAGUUAUCGCGUGGGCUCAACUCGGCAUUCAUGACAAACCAGUAGGACUACUGAAUGUGGAUGGUUACUAUAAUUCCCUUUUGACAUUCAUUGACAAAGCAGUGGAAGAAGGUUUCAUCUGUCCUAACGCGCGCCAGAUUUUUGUAUCCGCCCCUACUGCCAAAGAGCUUAUGAAUAAACUCGAGGAGUACUCUCCCAGCCAAGAAAAUGUUGCAUCAAAACUUAAUUGGGAAAAAGAGGAGCUAGAAGAGUAUAUUGCAACAUAAAUGUACUCAAGAAAAACCAAAUUUUUAGGGGGAAAAAAUCAGAAGUUUUAUUUAGAAUGCAAAAACAAGUGCUCAAACAAUAUUAUUUCUCUGUUUGAGGAUAUUGUUAAUUGACAUUGUAUCAUGAUGGAUAGAGAUAGUGUCAAUUUUCUCUUUUAUUUUAUGCAAAAAUUGUGUUGGUACUUUUCUA